AUGGCUUCCCCCAAAGGCAACGUGGUUUUCGAUGUGGUCGGGACCCUUGUCGGUUACGAGGCCAUGUUCAGAGCGACGGACGAUCGAUUGGGCGACAAAUUGCGGGCAGAAGGUAUCAAACCGAUACUACUCUGCCAGAUGUGGCUUGAGACCGCCGAGCGCGAAUACACUUAUCUGAGCAUGUCCGGCAGAUAUGUUGGGUUUGCACAAGUUGUUCAGGCGAUCUUCUGGCGCAUGCUGUUCAAGGCCGGCAUUGCAGAACCACGGCAAUUCGCAAGCUCUGAGGACGUACAGUUCAUCAUGGACCAUGGAUACAAGAAGCUCGAAAUGCGUCCAGGGGCCAGAGAGUGCAUCGAGAAAUUGCGUGCAGCCGACCUUCGAGUUUGGGCAUUGACGGCAGCCGACGGAACGGGAUGUGCCGCAUAUUUCGAACAGGCGGGCAUUGACUUCCCGUACGAGAACCUGCUAAGCUGUGACACGUCAAACAUUGGCAAACCGGACCCAGAGUCGUACAAACCAUUGUUGGAGCAGCUGAGCUCAGGAACACAACCUCGGCCAUGGUUCGCCGCUGCACACAUGUGGGACACGAGCGCUGCGCAAAGAGUUGGUUUCAGAGGGGCAUUCUGCACGGUAUUCGAGAAGGAAGCACUGGAAGAUAUCUUCGGCGAAGUUGAAGUCGUGUCUGAGACUCUUUCCGGCAUGGCGGAUAGCAUCAUUGCUGCUUCAAGCGCGUGA